CCGUCCAACUCCAUAAAUAGAACUCACACUUUCACUUCCUAAGACCACAUCACUUCACAUCUAUAUCGGAAUUUUACUUUUACUCUCUAUAGGCUAUAUACAAAAAUACACAUGGAUCCUUCCAUCAAAGAAGAUCAAGAAAUGUUAAAAAUCAAGAAACGACGUCAUCAAGAUCUCGAUUUAGGCUUGACCCUUUUGCCACGUGGUACGACUUCAUCAGAGCUCAAUCUCAUCGGUUCUUUCAAAACUAGCUGUUCGUCGACUUCUCAUCAUCAUCAAGAACAUUUGGAAGAGCCGAGAGUGUUCUCAUGCAACUAUUGUCAAAGAAAGUUCUAUAGCUCACAAGCACUAGGCGGUCACCAAAACGCUCAUAAGCGCGAACGCACCUUAGCCAAACGAGGACAGUACUACUACAAGAUGAGUCUCUCCUCCUCCCCUCCUUCCUCAGCGUUCACGUUUGGCCAUGGUUCAGUCAGCAGAUUAGCAAGCAUGGCAUCGUUACCGUUACAUGGCUCGAUGAGUAACAGAUCAACGCUAGGGAUUCAGGCCCAUUCAACGAUCCAUAAUCCCUUUUUAGGAAGACAAAGAGCGAGUUUAAGUCAUGUUUUCAAACAGAACAUUCAACAGAGACCGGCCAUCCAAAAGAUGCUGCCAGAGAAAUUUCACGUUGAACUCGGCAGCAGUUAUAACAGUAAUAUUAUAAUCAAGAACAAGCAAGAAAAUCAUAAUCAGUUUAAGAAGAUUGACUUGACUCUUAAGCUGUGAUCUCUUAUUCUCAUAAUGUCAUCUUCUUUUUAGUCUUUAUUACUAGCUAUAACUUUUUCGGUUUUACUGUCGUAUGAUUAUUAUAUUUGCAUUUAGAGUUUCAUUAAUCAAGCUGUACCUUUUUACAUUAUAUAUUGUUUUGUAGUGCAGUAUUUGA